AUGGCAUCCAUGGUUGAGAGCUUACCAAAGCCAGACCCGCCUCGAGAAUCAUAUAAACUCCCCACGAUCGGCGGCUAUCUCGAACGCAUAAAAGCCGCUACCCUUGAGCGCGUGAAAACCGCUGCUAUCGACCGUAUCACAACUGCUACCCUUGAAUGGGGAGACUGGUACGAGUCUGACGAGUGGAGGAAAAGGUUUGGAAACAAAGUCAUGAUCAUCCCUCUGGAUGAGAAUAAGGCUUAUCUCGAGGUGCUACAUGCCACAGGUCCUGAAAUCGAUGAGAUUCCUGCGUUUAUGACUCCAUACCCAGGCUCGCCUCGAUGGGAACGCAGGGUCUUGCUUAUUGAAGGAUUCUGCGAGGGAGCAGAUUUCACACUCCGAAAUUUUGUGCCAGAUGAUGCUGGCAGUUCUCGAUUGCAGGAUACGCAAGAACCGAAAGCCUGGGUCCAGAUCACAACUUAA